AUGGACGAGAUGGCGAUGCAGAAGAAAUAUGUGUUUGUCUACUGCUGCCUCGGUAUGGAUUGGUCCGCGCCUUUGCUAGCAGAGCGUCUCCAGAUCGCAUUUGAGAUCUUGCCUAGAAAAUACACCAAGAAUCUAAAGCGCUUCUAUGUCUUGCAUGCCACAAGCUCGACGCAUGUUACGAUGUGGUCGUUCUAUGCUUGGCUAACACCUCAAUUCUGGGACAAGAUUCAGUUUGUCAACAGCAUUGAGACAAUCUGCGAGGACCUGUAUCCAAACGAUGACUCUUCUCAAGCAGAACUUCGGCGCCGUUUUCCGCAGGUCAUUCAGCGACAAGAUGCACUUCGCAAUGGCGAUGAGCCACCGGUCAACUUUGGUGUUCCGAUCAGGGCCAUUUGCAACACCUUCGGUGUUGACUUCACGGACAAGACCACAGGACGCUGGUAUCCAAAGCUGCCGCCAGCUGUCAUUUUCCUAUGUGAGGCUCUUGAGAGAGAAGCUGCAGACGAAGAGUUUGGCAAGCUGUUUGAAGUGGAUCCUGAUGCACUGUUCCCUUUGUUGAACACCAUCGAUCACGGCAAUCCGUUGCCUCGUGACUUGGACCCAGCACUUCUUUGGUGCUGCCUAAAGGUCUGGUUGGACUGCUUGCCCUCUCCACUUCUGUCGUUUGAGGCAAUGAAUGUCUUGCAAAGCAGGGAAAUUCAGCGGCCGCCUGAGCAGACUGCAGUGAAAACCAUCGCCUUGCAUGCAACUGAAGCAGUGAAGGCCCGGCGACAUGCAGCGGCAGAGGGAGUACUUAGCCAGAGCCCGAGGCAAAGUGCACAGCCUAAUUUUGCAGCAUCCCAAACGCAGUAA